AUGCCUGAUGANGCAAUUAUUAUUCAUGGAUUAACUAUUCGAGUUUGUAAUCCAAUGGCAUCUUUACAAGCACGUGAUUUACUUCCAUUGAUUUCAUGUGCUGUAACAAUGAUUCUUUUUAUUUUUUAUAUUGCUCUAGCAAUGACAGUUUAUACAAAAACAACAUAUGAUGAUGAAAAACAAUGUUUUUUAAGUUCAAGUAUAUUGAUGUUUUUCGUUUAUUUCUUUUUAAUUUUCAUGUUUUGUGUCAAAACAAGUAUUGGAUAUUUUAAUUAUGUACGAUUCGUUCGUCUAUUUCCUGAACCAUCCCAUCGAAAUUUAUUUAUUAUGCUUGUCAUUUCAUUUUUUAUUUCGAUUACAUGGGUUUCUUUUGCAGCUGGAUUUAAUUCAAAUCUAUCAUUUCAAAUUACUCAACUAUAUCCAUAUAAAUUGUGUUGGUUUACUCGUGAUGUUAUUUAUUAUUUUCUGACUAUACCUGUGGGUGUAUUUCUUUUAAUCAAUAUAUUCAUAUUUAUUCGUGUAGCUCAACGUAUAUUGAAUCAUAUUCAAAAUGCAAAAUCACCUCAUCAAUCAUAUGAAAGAAUGAAACUGUGCAUACUUGUUUUACUUUCAUCGUGUGCUACUCAAGGUAUUGGUUGGCUUUUUGGUCCAUUUCUUACGUUUGUAAAUGAAAACACAGCGAAUGUUUUAGGAUGGUUUUUUAAUAUAUUUAAUGGAUUAGAAGGUCUUUGGGCUAUUAUUUUAUAUAUGAUAAUUCGAUCACAACGUUUAGAUGAACGAAAACGUCUUAUGGCCUUGAAAGAACUAACAGAAUCAACCAGGAUAUCAUUUAUAAGACGUGAGAAAAGUCGCAAAAAGGAUUCAAAUCGCGAAUCAUUUGUUUUCGAUGAUCUAUAUGGGUUGGAAACCAUCGACAUGACGAAUGCCAGUUGUUAG